AUGGCGAAAUCGAUGAGAUCGAAGAGAGAGAAGAGGCUGAGAGCAAUAAGGAGAGAUUUAGUACAACCCAUUUACGACAAGAAAGAUGAAGCCAAGCUUGCUGCCUUAGAAGCUGCCCUCGCUGCUCCCAAGCUUCCAGUUAAAACCUCUCCAUUCGCUUCCUCUUCUUCUUCUGCUGCGGACACAACGACAGCAACCACCACUACAAAUACUCAAAUGGGUUGA